AUGGCCACACCGGCAUUGCUUACUGCUGUUGACUCGAUCAACCACGUCCACUUGAUUGUUGGAUCCAACCCUCUGGCUGGUGCACGUUGUAAUCGAGCUCUCGAAGUCGGUGCAGUGCCAAAGAUCAUCGCUCCCGAAGACGCCCAAAUACACUAUGGACUGGCAAAGAAGAUUGAGGAAGGCAAGGUGGAAUGGAUCAAGAGAGAGUUCCAGGAUGCAGACUUGACGAGUCUGGGAAGAGACGAGGUCGACAACGUCGUGGAUGCCGUCUUUGUGACGACGGCAGGCAAAGGUGCUUUGAGCACACACAUCUCUACUCUUUGCCGCAGACUCCGAAUUCCCGUCAACGUGGCAGACGCUCCGAACCUUUGCACCUUCACCCUCCUAUCCACACACUCUUCGGGCCCCCUACAGAUUGGUGUCACAACGUCCGGCAAAGGCUGUAAAUUGGCCUCUCGCAUCCGACGUGAGAUUGCCGCUGCUCUCCCGUCCGAACUCGGUACUGCUGUCGAAAGACUCGGUACGAUCCGCCGUCGCAUCUGGGAGGAGGACCACGCAACCGAAUUGUCCAUGGACCUGGAAGCUGAAGAGGAGGACGCUGGGCAAAAUGCUCAGUUCAACAAGCUCAUUACACCUACCGAUCUGGAGGCUGCAAGGACAAGACGUAUGCGUUGGCUCUCGCAGAUCUGCGAGUACUGGCCCCUUCGUCGUCUGGCUGCCAUUACAGAUGCUGAUGUCGACGCUGUACUGGCUUCAUACAGCCAAGAAGCUGCUAUCGAAGCCAGCACUCCUCUGCUCAGCCCCGGAACUCUCGAUUCUAGAAGCCGCAGAGGUCGCAUCAUCCUAGCUGGUUCAGGUCCUGGUCACCCGGAUCUGCUGACUGGAUUGACACUCAAGGCUAUCCGCGGCGCCGACGUUAUUCUCGCAGACAAGCUCGUCCCAGCACCUGUCCUUGACUUGAUCCCCAGACGCACGCCUGUCCACAUUGCAAGAAAGUUCCCUGGAAAUGCCGAAGCCGCUCAGGAAGAGCUGCUUUCUCUCGGUCUCGCUGCAGCAAAGAAGGGCCAGACUGUCCUCCGCUUGAAGCAGGGAGACCCUUACCUUUACGGCCGUGGUGCUGAGGAGUACGACUUCUUCCGCCGUGAAGGCUACGAAGUCAGCGUCUUACCCGGCAUCACCUCUGCUCUUAGUGCUCCUCUCUUCGCCAAGAUUCCCGUCACUCACCGUGCCGUGAGCGAUCAAGUCUUGAUCUGCACUGGUACUGGUCGCAAGGGAGCCGCUCCUGACCCGCCUGUCUACCUUCCAAACCAGACUUGCGUCUUCCUCAUGUCUCUUCACAGACUUGGCGCUCUCAUCGACAGCCUCGUUGCCGAGGGCAAGAACUACCCCAAGACCACACCUUGCGCAGUCAUCGAGCGCGCAAGCUGCACCGAUCAAAGAGUCAUCCGCAGCACACUCGAAUACGUCUGUGCCGCAGUGGAAGAAGAGGGCUCAAGACCACCUGGUCUUCUUGUUGUUGGCCUUGCAUGUGAAGUUUUGGAGAAGGGCCACCAGAAGUGGGUUGUCGAAGAGGGGUUCAGUGGCUUUGACAAUUUGGGUGAGGGAAGUCUUGACGAGUUGAGUGCUGAGCUCCGUGGUGAGAUUGUUGCUUGA